CACCAAACCGGCUCUCCUAUUUUAUCUUUACAUUAAUUAAAUGCAGAUGCUGUAAUAUGAUUACUGUCUAUGAAUUCAGUCAUGGAGAAAACAGCAGGUCCCCCUUUUGUCAUAUUAAAUGCAUCACAGCUCAGUGGCAACUUUUGGAAGAGUUCUGGGGAUAUGUUUAGGGGCUUGGGGGAGCCCAGAGGUCUUAUUUAGGCUUAUGACUGGUCAGGGGCAGCAUUUCCCAGCUGGUGCCGUUUCCAGAUGUGUGGACUUCAACAUCCAGAAUUCUCAGCAAUGGCCAUGCUGGCUGAGGAAUUCUGGCUGUUGAAGGCUGUUGGGAAUCCUUGCUCUAGGAAAUCGUUGCAUUGCGUAUGUUAAUCCACUUCUUUUGUUAAGGUUACUGUCAAGAAAUAUAAGUGGCAGACAUGGACCCUCGCCAUGCCUUUAACGCUGGCCUCCGGAAUGCAGCAAAGUUGCCCUUUGUCGUUUGUUUUAUCAACCCUUUUAAGGGCAUCCGCUGCUUCUCAGCAUGGAAGAAACCACCACCGUUGAAAGAGCAGCCGCCCAGCGAGGCAAGCAAGCCAGAAAUUACCGCUUUGCAGGCUGGUCAUUCCCUUGAAACGUCGAGGCUUCAGGAAACUCACCUGUCGAACUCGACACCACGUCUGGGUGAGACAGGCCGCGAGCCUGAUGCUCUUCAGAAUAAACCCGGGCUGAAAUUUCAUCCCAAAGCUAUGCCAUUCACCACUAAGGAAGAAUUCAGGAACCUGAGAAAUGACGAUUUUGUCUCCAAGCGGAAAAGGCUGCAGCAAAAUCCUCUUCUCCUGGAAAGGACCAAGGGCUCCGAGAUCUUAUUUGGGACAGCCCCCUGCUCCUUAGCCCUCGGGAGGUCAAAGCGGACAUUUUUCCAGCUGUUCCUCAAAUCGAGCCGAGAUGGGGCAUCGCCCGUGGCAGAAAAAUUCUCCCAGUAUGCCGAGGAGCGCGGGAUCCCAGUGAAGAGGGUGCACAGGAAGUUGUUGGAUGCCCUUUGUAAGGGGGGCAUCCAUCAGGGGGUAUGCCUGGAGGCCUCGCCCCUUCGCCCCUUAGCAUGGCAGGAAGGGCCACUCCGACGAGCCCCGGUUGGCAAGGGAUCGCAGCGUAUCUGGGUGGUUUUGGAGGGGAUACACGAUCCCAUGAAUUUGGGGGCGGUCCUGCGGACGGCGCACUUCCUAGGGGUCGAUGGGAUUGUGACGAGUGAAAGGAACAGCUGCUCCCUAACGCCGGUUGUUAGCAAAGCCAGCUCGGGUGUCAUGGAAGUCUUCAAUGUAUUUAGCACUGAUGAUGUUCAAGGCCUUCUUAAGACAAAAUCCGAAGAAGGCUGGGAAGUCCUUGGGACAGUUGGUGACGGAAAGAGCCAGGAAGAGAUCCCUGUUGUCAGUUGCUCAAAUUUUUUCUGGACUGGGCCCACCAUACUGUUACUCGGAAAUGAGGGGUAUGGACUUUCUCCGGAGACAAAAACGUUGUGCCACAAGAUGUUGACUAUCACUCCAGGAAGAGAUUUGGAAUUUGGAGUAGAGUCUUUAAAUGUGUCAGUGGCGGCCGGCAUUCUUUUGCAUGCCAUAUGCAACCAGAGAAUUAAUCAUCACAAAACUACUGCCUCUGGAGAGGAAGGAGCAGAUUCUGUGGCGGCAAAAGGCUGCAGCCAGGAAAGUUUGCGGACAAAUAUUGGGGUGUAGAAUGAAUUUCCGGCACGUGAAGAAUUCUGCACCUCAGAGAGGAAUGCCGAAGAUGGAGGCCGUGAGGCCGCUGGAAUGUAUUUUCACCCUGCGUUGUUCGUACCUUUGCUGCACUUUGGAAUUAGGGAUAUCUGGGAUCCUCUUCUGUAAAAUGUGAAGGGUCAGGUUGCUCUGUCUGAAAACAAUAAACACUUUCCUGCUAUCUGAAUGCAUAAAAGUUUCAUCAAAGUAAUCUAGCCACAAUGUAAAAGCUUUGUCUGCCAAGUUGGAGAGAAGUUACCAACUCCUAGAUUUUAUUUUAUUUUAUUAUUUUAUUUAUUUUAAUCUGUUCGGUCAUCUUCAAUUCUUCGAGACUGCCUGGACAAGUCCCUGCAGUUUCCUUGGCAGAGUUUUUUGGAAGUGGUUUGCCAUUGCCUCCUUCCUAGGGCUGAGACAGAGUGGCUGGCCCACCCAGCUGGCUUUGUGCCUGAGGCAGAACUUGGGUCUCCCAGUUUCUAGCCUGGUGCCUUUAGCACUACGCCAAACUUUUUAUAGCCCUGAUCUAUUUGCAGCUCAGAAAUUCAGCGUGAAAACUGAUGGGUGACUGUGGGAAGGACAUUUGGGCCCACCUCUCCUGCUCUGAGCCACUUAACACUCUGCUGUUCUUAAUCAGUAACCUACAGGAAUGACGGCAUUUUAAAACCACACUACAAGAACCCAGCGUCGUGGUUCUCCCUGGUUUUCUGGCCAGGAGACAGGAAGGGCCGCAGCAUGUCCACUAGAUGGUGGUGUUGAUAAGUGCAUUCUUUAAUUUCUCCUGGGAGAAAAAGAUGGAAUAGGUUGUUGCAAGGCCUUAUAGAAUCUAUUCUUGUCGGCAUGAAGAGAUGAGAAUAAAACCCAUUUCUUUCUCCGUGGCAUCCGAUCUGACUUUCUGUAUUCCCUACGCACCCCAUUACAAGCCAAUCCUAUUGAAAAGAAGAAGAAGGAAAGACUGCAUUUUGGAGGUUAAAGUUUCAUCUUGCGCUGGUUUUUAGCAAUGGUUUCCAGUUCAAGCAGCCAGUUUCCCACACCAUUGCCAAGACAGAGGCGGAUCAGUUUCCUCCUGCAUCAGGCAUUGUGGUGAAAGCGCUUUCAAUGCCCGCUUGAUCAUGCACCCGGUUUAAGCAGCUUGGAGGAAUUAAGCAGCUUGGAGGGAUCUUCUAUUUCCAUUCCUCCUCCUCCUGUUUUUUCCUCUUUUCUCCAUUAUCCCUCUGCAGGAAUGCACAGGAAAUCUCUGCCCCUUGAUGCAUGCAGUUUAAAAUUCAACCUAGGGAAGGAGAUACGUUUGGGAUCUUUGAGCAUUUGGGAGCACAGUGACAUACAUGCUGGUGAAAAUUUACGAGCGCCGAAUUAGGUUGACCUUGAAUUGAGUUCUGUGCUCCCACCUCCCAAAGGAAAUGUCCAUCCAGCUCUAUGGAAUAUAUUUUAUUUAGAAGGUUGUCCUCGUUGCCUUUUUUUCUUUCUAAUGUGUCAAACACCAGCUUUCCUUGAGGAAGAAUCCAGUUUUAAUCCUGAGACACAGGUAGGCACCCUCCAUGGAGUUUGGAUUAUCAUCAGGUCUGGCCAGCAUGACUAAUAGCUGGGACUGGGAUAUUCCAGUCCAAACUGUAGUUAGCUUUAACAUCUGCAGUAGGGGCAUCUGCAGGGGUGGUCCAAAAGGUCAAGAUGGUGGCUAGAAUGGGGUGACUGAACCUCUGCCCCCUUUAGAGGCAUUGGACAGCAUCUCAACUUUUACAUGCCCCACCUGCUGACGCCCCUGAUGCGCAGUGGAAAAGAUCCCAUAGCAACAGAUAGGAAGAUGAGGGAUCCAUUGCAGGCAAGAAUUAGCUAUGCAGAUCCUUAACCCAGGAAUCCAUUAGCUUCCUGGGUUUCUAUCUUCCAGUUUAAUAAAUGCACUCCAUUAAGUGGAUCGUCGCCUCUUUUCCAAGUAAUUUCCUGAGUAUUUUUAAAUGUGAAGAUGUCAUUUUUAUAGUCUUUUCCUUUUAGAUUUGCCCUUAAGCCUAAAUAGUAUUGUCCUUGUGAUGUAAUUGUAAAAAUAAAAACCACUUAGGUCCAUGUCAUGAAAAUACUGUCUUUAAAAAGCGUAUCUGCAAGAUCAGAAAUACGUUCUCCGAUUGCAUAUGUUUUGUAUGCAGCUGUUGGUCUUAAUACCCAGUGAAGAAGCAGUGAUUUGUUGCUUGUAAUUGGCAAGUCUCUUAUUUUUCCUCAGUCCUACUUGUUUCUUCAUAGAUUGGUUGCAAGGAUUUUUACUGAAAAAACAACAGCAAAACGUCCUGAUCUAAUUUUGUUUUUGGACAGUUGGUUUUCUAGCUUCUGCUCGGAAAAAAGCUUGCUCAGUAAUCAAAGCAUCUCUCAGAGCCAAAUCAAAUAAAUAUUGGCUGCUUUCAUUAGCCUC